AGGUGACUUCACAUCUAUAAAAGAUGGGUCGGAUGCUGACUUUGAGUUAGUCUGUACGCCCUGUGGGGAAGAUGAUAUCAGAGAAGAAGCUGUCAAAUUCUGUGUAGAAUGCAACCAGUAUCUCUGUACAACAUGUGCUAGAUGUCAUAGAAGAAAUGCGGCUUCGAAAUCUCACAAGUUGUUGGAUAGGGAAGACGCCAAGAAUGCGUCUAUGGUUGCCAUGACAACAAAAUGUCGAUACCAUCCAGAUCGAGACAUCGAGAUGUUUUGUGGAACACAUGACAUGGUCUAUUGUGCAAAGUGUAUAGCCAUAGAGCACAGGGCUUGUGAGAAUGUUAAGAGCAUAGACGAUAUUACGACAUCUCUUGUCCAACAGAAUGACAUACAGCGUUUACAAUUUGAAACUAAAGCUGUUCACGACCAGUUAGUAGCUGCAAACAAGAAGAAACAGAAAAACGUCGCUUCUCUUGAAGUACAAAGAAGCGAUAUUCUCCAUAAUAUUCAGGAUAUAGAAAACACUAUAGUAGAAUAUAUCGGGAAAUUGAAAAGAGAAGCAGUUGAAAGUUUGAACAAGACAUGUUCAGAAGUAAAUGGCAAACUGGAAUCUGAAAUCAGCUUGAUGGCUAAUACAAUAACAGAAGUCGACAAAUCGAAAGGUAUAUUGCAAACUGUAAAUAGAGUGGAUGCUAGACAACAGUUUGUUCAAAUAAAACUGAUAGAAAGGACUGUGAAAGAUGCAAAGGAAUUGUUUGAAGAAAGUGAGUCAGAGGGAACUAGAAUUGCUCGUUUUACAGAAAAUGCAGACCUGAGAAGCAUUUUAACGACUGUCACUGAUUUAGGACGUGUGGAGUCAUUGAGUGAAAACCAGAAACAGAUUACACCGAGGCAAUACAAGAUAAAAGCGAAGAAAGAGCUUAAUGUCAGAAUGCGGAAUGACAAUAAAACUUGUUAUAUAAUUGAUCUAUGUCUGCUUCAGGAUGGUACCGUUGUUCUGACUGACUACAGUAACAGGAAAAUAAAGAGGCUUGAUACAAAUUUUAGUAUAAAGGACGCAUUUGAUGUAACUUUCAAUCCUACGGCCAUCUGUUGUACUGCUAAGAAUGAAAUUGCAGUAAAAUUGUCUAACGACACGGUUCAGUUCAUAUCAGUUGGUCAGAUAUUGUCUGUUUUGAGAAAUAUAUCUGUAGCAGGGGUUAGUUGUUGUGGAAUGGCGUAUUUAGCUGGGGAGCUUUGGGUAUCUAAUGAAAGUAGUGUCAACGUGUACAAUACAUCAGGAACACUACUGAAGUCUAUCAACAAAAUCGUGAAUGGACAAAGUAUAUUUAAAUCGUCUCCAAAACGUAUGUCUGUCAGAGGAGUGACUGUUAUUGUAACAGAUGGAAGUGAUGGAGCCGUCUGUUUAGGAAGAGAUGGAACGGUGAAAAGUGAACUGCGGGACGGAAGACUGAAGAACUGCAUUGGUGUAUGUGUAUCUGCUGAUGGCACUGUCUUCCUGUCUGGAUAUAACUCCAAGAAUUUCGUGAUGUUUAGUGGUGACGGGAAAUGUCAAGGAGAACUGUCAACGAAAGAAACAGACUUAUUGUAUGUUUUUUCGCUCUGUUAUGUCAACCAAAGAAAUUGUUUAAUUCUUGCACGUGAAAUUUAUAAUGACAGUAUUAACAUUCUUGAAAUGUACGAUUAAUCAAGGACGUCCUUGGAUUAAUUUGACAAAUUACAGAUACAAAUACAUUUGUAUAUAACAUGGAGACAACAGUAGUUAUCGAUCAUUUGGAUAUGUUUUCAGGUCUUGUUUGUUCCAACACGUUAUCAUACGGUAUUUAAUUCAGAUAUACUUGUUUAAUAGUCUGAUUUGAUAAGUAUUUAAGUUCAUAAAAUAUAUUUGGGAACUGUUAAAAAGAAGUCUUCUGUCAGCAUGGUGCAAUCUUUUACAACUACAAAUUUGUUUAUAAUCAAAUACCCGUAGUAUGACUGAACUGUGUA